AUGAAAUUUUAUAUUGCAUUAUUAAUUCUAAUCGUGUAUUCACAAUAGGAUAACCAAUAACUCUCCCCUGAGGAUUAAACAUUUUUAGAAACAUUACAAAAGGAUUAGUUUGGUUUAAAUGUAUUAAAUUCACUCCAAACAGAAUAUUAACGAGAUUAAGGUAAUUUUAAUAAUUCAUUCUCAUAUCAGAUAAAAAAGCAUAAUUAAACAGAAUUGAGCAUUUAUUGGACGAAAUUGAGUAGUAGAUUGCAUAAGAUUAAUAAAAUGAUUUAGAACUCUAAUCAGAAGCUUCUGAAUAAUGUAUUAAAAACGAAUUAUUAUUAAAUAGAUUAUUCAUAAUUACUUAGUCUAGAGGAAUAAAUUGCAAAAUCUCAAUAUGAUUAUAGCACGGUUGGAGCUCAAAUUAGAUUAUAUUAAGAUGAAUCUAAUAGGUAUGACAUAUUAUUGGAUGAAAAAGAAAAUAUUAUUAAUGAAUAUUAAUCAUUGUCAACAUAACUAGAUGAUAUUCGACAAUAAGAAGUAUCAAUCAAUCUUAAGAUAGCGUGAUCAUUUCGAAAUUGCUCGAGAUGAUUCCAUAACUGUUUGCAAUUUAUUAAAAAGAGCUAAGUAUUUAAUCAAGCAACUAAUUCCAAAGUCUACAGUGUUAGUUUAACAAUCAACUAAUAUUAAUCAAGAUUUCGAAUAAACUGCAGACUUUAUUUAAUAAAUAAAUUAAUUAUAGCGAGAAGCAUAGGAAUCACUCUAAAAUAACUAACCUUUCCUGAAAAUAAUUAGUAAAUUUACAAUAUCAAGAUAAUAUUUUAGCUGAAUUUGUGAAUGUUUCUACAUAAACUGAAGCAGUCGUUAACACUAAAAGAGUUAAUGCUAUAGUCAAUCUUCUCUAAUAGCUAUAUGACUAAAUAGAUAAAACUAGCAGAGUUCAAUAUAAUGCUGAAGAUGAUAGAGAACAACUUCAUUCAAGAGUGAAAAAUUAAAUUAAUGACUAACUUCAUUCAAUUAAUUUAUAGGUAAUGAGUGAUUAGGAUUAUAGCUUGCAACCUUACAAAAUUAAUAGGAUUCAAUCAAUGCUUAGAUUGUAGCUGAGUAAUAGAAUCAAAAAGAUGAAGAAAUGAGGCUAGCAAAUUUAAAGUAAUAAUUAUUAGAUUUAUCUAAAUGUUCUGAUGAUACUAAAGUAACUUAUAGUCAAAUAAUUUAAGGUGAAUUAUGGAGUUAGAUAGAAAGAAAGAAAAGAAUAAUUAAAAUUACUCAGAUAAGUAAGAUAAGUUAUGCUGAAUGAUUUUGAUGCCAUUCGAUGUUAUAUAGAAGAUUAUUUUAACAAAGCUUAACGUUGA